CACCAAGUCAUUUUCAUGACUGGAUAAGGCUACAAAUGGCGAACCUCGCGCAGCAGCUAGCGAGGCUGCAACUCGGCGCCUUGGGGGGACGACAUCGCCCUACCAAGCGCCUCAACGAUGCGCCUCCCAUUAGUGCCAACGUCUCGUCCAUCUCUCUACAACACAGCUCGGUCCAACGGGCGCUAUUGGCGUCACUACACAGCCCUGCGCAACGUGUCCUGGCACUCGGAGACGGGCCUGAAGCUCCUAUUAAUGGCCAAACCACAGGCUAUUUGCCCUCGGGGCCUAUCUUCCAAGUCGACUACGCUCAUACUAAGAAAUUCCUUGUGGCUGUGGACGAAGAGGGGGCCGUAGGGAUCGUAGAUGUGGCCGCAGGACGCCGGAAAAGCCGCUGGUUGGCGCAUCACAACGCCGUAUUCGACGUAAUUUGGACGCAAGACGACACGCAGGUAUUAACAGCAGCAGGAGACUUGGAGAUUAGAAUCUGGGACGUACAGACUGCAGGAGUGCGCUCUGCCUCUCCUGUAUCAACGCUUAGAGGACACGAUAUGAGUGUCAAGUGUGUGCGUCAAGCGCCAGAUAAUGCUCACGUGUUUGCUUCAGGUGGACGCGAUGGGAGAGUGUUACUCUGGGAUACUCGCGCGGCUGGGAAGCCUAUAUCUUCGCUAGAUAAUGUACAUGCAGAGCCUUCGCCAUCAAGAACCUCUUCACCUAACGUAAGCUUCACGUCGCCCAUCCAGAAAAGGAGACGCCGAACAACAGCUGCCUCGUCGACGUCACCUUCGCCACGCAGUGUCACGUGCGUGGAGUUUAGUUCAACAGGAAACGAGAUCAUCACAGCCGGUGCUGUGGAUGCAGUCGUAAAGUUCUGGGACCUCCGCCGUCUGAACAAUGGGAAGAAGAAAGCGACAGCUAAAGUACCGACACCGAUUCGUGAGAUCUCGUGCUCAAGUCGUGAGGGAGCACGUCGUGGUAUUUCAUCGUUAGCUCUUUGCCAACGAGGGACUGGAAGUACGUCUCACCUUCUUGUUAACGUACUGAAUGACUCCAUUGCUGUGGUUGAUUUCGGACAACAGCAAGCUCGAACAGGUCUCCGCUGUGCAGGACAUCAAGCGAGUUCAUUCUACUGCAAAGCUGCUUUCAGUCCCGAAGGAAACUUCAUCGCCGGCUCAUCCGCAGACGGCGUAGUGUACGUCUGGGACGCACGCUUAAGUGCUUCGCACGACGCGACUCUAUCGUCUUCAUACUCUACUCUGGGUGUUCAGCAACGCAUGCCAUGUUUUGCAUUGAAAGGCCAUACAAACGAGGUAAACGGAGUCGCUUGGAGUUCCCAGGACUUCACGCAACUUGCAUCCUGUUCGGAUGAUGGCACAGUCCGCUGCUGGCAGGUUUGUGGACAAGAAACUAGUGAUAAAACUGCACAAUUUGAACUACAGCUAGCGUCAGACGAUUCCUCAGACGGGAGAACGGAAUGGACAAACUGGAACGAAUUUACUGAUCAACCAGACGGAUAUGCGUACCGCGUACGAAGUAGCAAGCGACCGAGUCGUCCUUUAUCUCCAAGACGCCAGAGAGUAACCUUGCCAGACAAGCAACGCGCUUCUCCUCAAGUCACAAGACGCAACUCGGAGCCUCGUCUGCAUCCUGUCCAUGAGAUCCCCACUGCACAACAACCGCAACAAACUCAAGAUUCCCAUUCCCAACCAAAGCGAAUUAAACUUCGACGCAAAGCGAAAUCCUCAGUCCAACCCAAGCGAGCUCAACGCACACUAUUGGAACUCUGGGGACGGUAAACCGAGAUAAUAGAAACAGUUAGACUGCUACCAAUUGAUCGUGAUCAAUUUUUUUUAAAGUCAAGACGAUUCGACCUGGUUUAUACUGAGGCUGUGGCAC